AGCGCCCUAAAAGAGGAGAGGCUCCUCGAGGACGAGGGAAGGGCACGUCGUGGGGGGACUACAGGUCUCCCGACCGGCCCUCUUGACGGCAAAGCCUUAAUUAGAGCGGCGUCGUUAACGGCAGAGCGUUAAUUAGAGCCGGAUAUUUGCUGCCCGUGCCACGUCUGAAGUCGCAGCCCCGUUACCGCCCGGCGCUGCCGCCCGACGCCGGCCCGGACUCCUUCAGGGACUCGGUGGCGGAGAGGGGCGAGCUUCCCAGCCCCGCGGCUAACGAGCUCCAGCCGCUAAUUAAUUAAUUACCGCCCCCCCUCUCCCCCCGACCAGGCCGUAUUCCUGCCCUCAUCCCAGCAGCCUCUACCGAGCUGCGGCGAGCCGCCGGCCGCCGAAACGUUUCCUGCUCCCGCCGCCGGCUCUCCCCACCCGGCCCCGCGCUCCCCCGAGGCCUCUCCGAGGGCCCCCCCAGGAGGAUUUAGGGCCGCAGCAGCCCCCCCAGGGCCCCCCCCCGAGCCCGGCGGCAGCCCCACAGCUUGGCCCCGUCCCGUUGCAGCGCAUGGACCUGGACCGCAGGCGGGAGGAGGCGCGCAACCCCAAGCGCAAGCCGCGGCUGAUGGAGGAGGACGAGCUGCCCUCGUGGAUCAUCAAGGACGACGCCGAGGUGGAGAGGUUGACGUGCGAGGAAGAGGAGGAGAAAAUGUUCGGGCGAGGCUCCCGGCACCGCAAGGAGGUGGACUACAGCGACUCGCUGACGGAGAAGCAGUGGCUCAAGGUAUACAUGGUACAGCACCCUUCUCCGUUGGCCUCCUCAGCCCCCGUGCUCGCGUCCGUCCCGGGGGUGCCGGCGUCCCCGCGGGCGCUAACGAAGCGGGCGCCCCGUUAAAACGCCCUCGGGCGG